AUGGCGUAUCUGAAGAUUCUCUGGUACACAGUCUCUCGUUACUCAAGAAACCAUUCUUCCCCACUUCCCAAAUCAAGAAACCAAGCCUUCACCGGAUCCUUUAUCGUCAUUGGAUCAUUCUGCCUCUCAUAUUUCUUCUUAUCAGCUUCUAUUUCUAACUCCCCACCAACACUAAUCGCCGCCAGCUUUGCUUCCCGCCUCCUUUCUAUCUCUUCCAGUUCCAUCACUUCAACUUACAAACAUUUCCCAGCAAACUAUGCUUCUAUUUCAUCAUCAUCCCAAUCAAGAGAAAUAAAAACUCACUUAAACUCUUGCAACAUCUUCCAUGGAAAAUGGGUUUUGGAUAAAAGAUCGAGACCUCAUUACAAACCUGGUUCAUGUCCUUACGUUGAUAGUGCUUUCAACUGUUUCAAAAACGGCAGGACUGAUUCUAAUUACUUCCAGCUCCGGUGGAAGCCUCACGGUUGCAACAUUCCCAGGUUUAAUGGGACGAAAAUGCUGGAAUUGUUGAGAGGUAAAAGAGUGGUGUUUGUUGGAGAUUCAUUGAACAGAAACAUGUGGCAAUCACUUGUUUGUUCCUUGAGAAACUCCCUUGUUGACAAAAGCAGAGUUCUUGACGUUUCCGGCCGGCGAAGAUUCAAGACCCAGGGUUUCUAUUCCUUCAGAUUCAAGGAUUAUAAGUGCUCAAUUGAUUUUAUAAAAUCGCCAUUCUUGGUUCAAGAAUGGAAAAAUGCAGACAAGAAGGGGACGAGGAGAGAAACUCUAAGACUAGACUUGAUUCAAGAAUCUUCAACAACCCAGUACCAUAAUGCUGAUAUCCUCAUCUUCAACACCGGCCAUUGGUGGACUCACCAUAAGACUAACAAAGGGAAUAACUAUUUCCAGGAAGGAAAUCGGGUAUACAUAAGACUAGAGGUUGAAGAGGCCUAUACAAGAGCAUUGAAAACAUGGGCAAAAUGGGUUGAUUCCAAAGUAAACUCCACAAAAACCCGUGUCUUCUUUCGAGGGUAUUCGGCUUCACAUUUCAGAGGAGGGCAAUGGAAUUCUGGGGGAAGUUGUGAUGGGGAAACAGAGCCGAUAUGGAACGACAGCUUCCUUGGGCCGUAUCCAUGGAUGAUGAAUGUUCUAGAAUCAGUGAUGUCGGGCAUGAAGACGCCGGUUUCUUACUUGAAUAUAACUAGAAUGACUGAUUACAGAAAAGACGGUCAUCCUUCUAUAUUCCGGCAGUCGGAGGUGAGGAGUGGCCGCCGGCCGAUCAUCCAGGAUUGCAGUCAUUGGUGCCUUCCUGGUGUUCCAGAUUCUUGGAACGAACUUCUUUAUGUUUCUCUUCUUAUGUCUCAUCAUCUAUAA